ACGAUCGUCAGUUCAUAUUUUAUUGGCAAACAAUUAUGAAGUUUUUCAUUUUAAUCGCUUUAAGCCUUUUAACAAUCUUUGCUACUUCUAGUGUAGCUCUAUAUAAUCGCAGGGCGCAAGAAAUAGAAAGAAAGCAAUUAUCGGAGGAAACACUCAUUGUAGGCGGUGAAAUCGCUCCUGAGGCUUUCGCUCCAUGGCAAGUCUCACUACAAAAUCAAUAUGGUAAUCAUUUUUGCGGUGGAGCGAUAAUAGCCGAUCAAUAUGUCAUUACGGCGGCUAGUUGUGUGGCUGGUUUGCAAAAGAAUAACGUGAAAGUAGUCACCAGUACAAACAUUUGGGAUGGCGAAGCCUGGCAAUACGAAGUCGAGGACGUUAUAUUUCACUGCAAUUUCGAUAAACCAUUGUAUCACAACGACAUUGCUUUGAUUAAGUUAACAACUUUAAUUGCUUAUGAUGAAAAGACGCAAAAUAUCACCGUCACCGAAUUGGAUGAAUUGAAAGAAGGUGAAAAUCUUACAAUGACCGGUUGGGGAAGUUGGGGUGUAGGUCUAGAUUACCCUGUAGAAUUGAAAAAACUUGAAGUUACCUAUAUAUCAAAUGAAAAUUGCCGCAAAAUAUACGGCUUAAAUAGAGAUGACAUUGAUGAAGGUCAUCUGUGUGUGCAGCCACCAAGUGCGACGGGAGCAUGUCAUGGCGAUACUGGCGGCCCUCUAGUUAAUGCCGAAGGAGUUCUUGUCGGUGUAGGCAAUUUCGGUGUGCCUUGUGGCGUAGGCUUUCCCGAUGUUUUUGCUCGUCUUUCGUUCUUCAACGAUUGGAUUCGUACCAAUAUGAAAGGUUGCAUUAAUUUUUAAGCAAAGAAAUCAAUAAAUAAAAUCUAAAUUAAACUAAGUCACUAAGAGUGAAUGGAU